CCCUGCACCCGGCCACGGCCCAGGACCAGGACUCCCAGUAUGUCCGCUUCACGCUGGUGCUCUCCGUGCCCCCCCAGUAUCCCAACAAAGCUCCAGAAAUCUCGAUCAGGAACCCACGGGGGCUGUCAGAUGAGCAAAUUCAAAAGAUUUCCCAGACCCUCAGAAGUGUUGCUGAAGCCAGGCUGGGGACAGAGGUGCUCUAUGAACUGAUUGAGAAGGGGAAGGAGAUUCUCACUGACAACAACAUUCCUCAUGGCCAGUGUGUGAUCUGCCUCUACGGAUUCCAGGAGAGAGAAGCCUUCACAAAGACCCAGUGCUACCACUACUUCCACUCCCACUGCUUGGCCCGCUAUGCCCAGCACAUGGAGGAGGAGCUCCUCAUGCAACAGGAGGAGAGAGAGCAGCACCCGGCGCCAUCCCCAAAACAGGAGGCCGGUGUGCAGUGCCCCGUCUGCCGGGAGACCCUGGUCUACGAUCUCUGCACUCUGAAGGCGGCGCCGCCCCCGCAACACCCACUGGAGCCUUACAGGCCAGAUACCAAGACGCUGCAGCACCAAGAAGAACUGCGCUUAAUUUUCAAGAGACAGCAAGAGAAAGGGGGUAUCAUUGACCCCGAAGUAGAGAGGAACCGUUACUUCAUCAGCCUCCAGGCGGUACGGCACUGGGGGCAGAGAGCUGCUGCGGGGGGCCCUGGAGUGCAGGACCGAGCGCUGUCAUCUGCUCCGCCGGUGAGUGCAAGUGCUGUGGAUGUGCUCCAGCCGCCCAGCCAAACCUCGGCUCCAGAGCCAGCCAGGGCGCCGGAGGCCACGGCAGAACCUGGGCGGCCUGAGAGGCCCGCUGUGCCCAGAGAGCAGCAGAGCAAGAGGGAGAGGCACAGAGGGGCGAGGCCAGGCCCCAGAGGCCAGGGCAGGCAGUCCUGCAGUGGCUUGCAGGAACCGGCAGAGGAAGCCUGUCAUACACUCCAUGGCUCCAGGGGGCCCAGGGGUUUCAGCCGGAGACCGGUGCGGAGACCUGGUGGGAGACAGAGCCAGGAGUUUCCAAAGCCUCACAGCAGAAGCAGGGCUGCUGCCUUGGCUGAAAGAAAGGAGUUGUGCCCUGAAGACCUUUCCCCAGCAACAGAGGCAGUGGACUUGAAAGAGGAGCACCAUGAUGUGGAGAGAUGGAAACCAGAGGAGGGGGCUGAGGCCCAGGGCAGGGAGAAGGAGAACCUGGCGUUCAGCUGCAGCGACCACAGAGCAGCUGUCAGCUGGCAGGGCCACCACAGGCCCUGGGAUUGUGGAAGGUGGGAGAGGUCCAGAAUCCAGGAGCGUGGUUCCUACUCCAGAGCGCCAAGAGGGCGAGGGCUAUUCAGGCCCAGUGGACAACGAGAAGCCCAUCUCCUUGAGAAAGAGGGUGGCUCCUAG